CCAGGUUACAGCAGACCACUUCCGCACUAGCUAGAUGUCUUGUUUGGGCAGACGAAGCGGCCACUGAAGCUGAAAGGUAACGUUACCAUAGCUGGACUGGAUACUUCUAAUCAAUAAUGAACGAGGAGAGAAAGAGAGGCCGAAAAGACAAAGUGUUUAGAGCUCCGUGCCUGGUGAGUGAGGCGGUGGCGAUGGAAGGAAAGGGCCCGUACCGCAUCUACGACCCGGGUGGGGGUGAGGCCAAGGCCAGGGAGGAGGCUGGAGGGGGGAGCAGCUACCGGCUGCUCCUGGAGGAGAACAGCGUGUUGAGGGAGAGGAUGAAGGGCCUGAAGAGCUUAGGAGAGCUUCUGGAGGAGUCCCAGUCAGAGGCGAGCAGGCUCCGUCAGCGGGUGGAGGAGCUGGUGAGAGACAACGAGGCCCUCAAGUCCUCCACCUCCAGCUACGCCACCAGCCUGUGUACGGGUGGACCCAUCCAGACGGAAACACGGGCUCAAGGUAAGCCCCUGGGUGCUGACCAGAGAGAGACCCAGUCAAGCCAGGCAGGAAAGGCUCUCCAGCCAGAGCAGCCCUGUGAGGGUUUGUCGGAAUUUGAGUUGGUGAAUAUGGAAGAGAAGGGCCCAGAUCAACAAGCAACAGGGGCAGGUGUGGGAGCAGGAGCCGCACACGUACCCCAAGAGAACAUGGAACUGGCCAGCCAGCUGCAGAGACUGGAGAGCUCCUUCAGUAUCUUUGCCGAGGAGUCCAACCCCAACCAGUUGCUCGCUCACCUGGGCCGCAUGGCCGUGGAGUUUCACCACCUCUCCUCCAAGGUCCAGAAGAAUGAGCAGAGGACUUCUCUUCUCCAGACACUGUGUGAGCAGCUGAGGCAGGAGAACAACGAACUUCGAAAGAAAAUGGAGGAGGAUCUUCAGUACAGGAAUCGAGACUUGGAGCAACUCAGACAGGAGAACCAGAAGCUGAAGGAGCUGGUCACCGGGGAAGGAGCAGCUCCGGUGGAGGGUGAGCCUGCCGAGGCCAAAGAAGAGCCGGCCAAAGAGGAAACGCCCAGUGUAAGAUCCAAGAUGGAGGUUUCCACGCCGCAGAAGAGUGGGAAAGCUGGAGAGAAAACUCCAACCAAGCCGUGUGAACCGGAGGUGUACGAGAAGAAGAUCAAGCUUUUGGAGAAGCAGAGAAAGGAUGUGCUGGAGGUGAACAAGCAGUGGGAUAUUCAGUGGAACUCAAUGAAGUCCCAGUUUGAACAGAAGAUCACAGACCUCAGGCAGCGCCUCGCCGACUCCCAGAAGGCCGUGCUGGAGCUGGAGGCGGAGCGAGAACAGCGCCAACGGGACUACGAUAAGAAGCUGCUGCUGGCCAAGUCUAAGAUCGAGAACGUGCAGGGGGAGAAGGAGUGUUUGAACUCGGAGACGGUGGAGCUGAAGCAGAAAGUUCGGUACCUCCAGGACCAGCUGCUGCCCCUCAGCAAACAGAGAGAGUACCAGGAGAAGGAGAUCCAACGCCUCAACAGGGCUUUAGAAGAGGCCCUGAAUCUACACCCCCCCUCCUCCUCCCAGCAACCACCCGGGCAGGGUAACCACGGCGAUGGCCCCAGCAACUUGAGGAAGCAGGAGCUGCUCACACAAAUUGCAGUGCUGAAAGAACAAGUCAAGAUCUUCGAGGAAGACUUCAGGAAAGAGAGGAGCGACAGAGAGCGGAUGAACGAGGAAAAGGAAGACUUGAGGCGGCAGGUGGAAAGGCUGCAGGGUCAGAUGACUAAUCUGACUAAUCAGCUUCACCAGGCCCAGAACGAGUGUCAGAGAGAGCGCACGGAGCGCUGCAAGCUGGAGAGACUGCAGAUGCAGCACCACAAACAGGUGGGGCCCCAGGGCCUGGAGGGCUGGCCCGUCCACUUCCCUCCCCGGGCUCCCAACGCGGCCGGCGCCGCCGCUGCUGCCGCCGCCGCUGCCGCCGCCCCGCCCCCUGGACGAGACUUCCAACCUGUCACCCCGGCGUUCCCCUGGCAGUCGUCCUUCCCCCAGCCCCGGGGCCCCCGAGGAGCAGGGGAGGGCUCCCGGCCCCCUCCGGAGAAUGCAGAUCAGUCCACAACGGCAGGCUUUGGCAAAAGGGAGCGACAGAACAUGGACCCUGGAAAGCACUAAACACAUUGCUGUCCGACGAGCCGUCGGAGCUGGGGUAGUAGCAUGAAUAAGUUUGUUUUUGAGUUGACAAGGUGUGAUUUCAACUAUAAUUUUCCUACUGAACUGUAGAUAUUCGAUUGUAAUGUUGUUUAUACUUGCGUUUUAUAAGCCUAUUUGUGAAACACUGUUUUCUCUAUUCUGAAUAUAUAUAAAUAUAUAUACAUAUUAUUUAGAUUUUUUUAACUAUUGUUUUUGAAGACUCAAUAUUUGCUUCAUAUGAUUCUAUGCAGGAACUGAAGUCAUUUGUUGAAUAGGUUGGAAUUAUUAAAUACAUUUUCAGACAAUAUACCUAUGUCAUUUUACCAUUGCAUAGGUUUUUGUUGGAGCCAUUUUCCAACGGAAAUGACAAGAUUAGCUGUAGGCAUUCCAAUAAUGCGUAAUUAUAUACAGGUACAUUGCCUUGGAUUUUGAGUCAUAGAAAUUGUAAUGUGAAUGUUUCAUUUAAGAUGAUUUGUUCUGUACCAUUGAUGUUCUAGAACUGUACCAUACGUGUAACUGUUCAAAAGUGAUUGUUGAAAUACUAACAUUUUGGGAAACAAGUUUUGAUGGUAUCAUACCAAAAACAUGGUUGUGAUUAUUGAUAACUUAUUUUUAAUCUACAGUUUUGAUAGUGGCAUUGACUACAUGUAAAACCAUGGUCUUUAGUAAUGCUGUUCUUUCUAUGUCGUUGAUGUACUCCCAAUAUAUUGUAGCUAUUAACAUUGUAUGUUUGUAUCUAACACAUCAACAUGAACCCACACACCUAAAACUAUUUUCCUUCUCAUGAAACCACCUGAUGGACCUAACCUCAUUAUAUUCCAGCAUUUUUACUUUUGGCAUAAUUGAUUUGUUUACAUACUACAAUAUUUUCACGUAGCCUGAGGGAGUUAGUCCACGGGGGGGGGGGGGGGGGGGGGGGGGGGGGGGGGGGGGGGGGGGGGGGGGGUCUGCAGCGGAGCGUUGGUGGUUUUGGGCUAGCCAUGCUGUGGCACAGUAGUGUUGAACUGUCUCCUUUCCUCACAUCCUCUUCUUACCUGCUACAGUAGCUACCUGGACCAUACAGAGGCUUCAAAGACCUGUCCAUUAUUAAGGUUGAUCUUAAACGUUUGGUCUAGAUAGCGUUGUGUUCCUGCAUCGUAGCAGCUGUUUGAAUGUAAAUGUUAAUCCCAUACCAAAAGGGUGCUGUUGACAUGUGAAACAUCCAUGUUGAGUGAGGAAAGGAAGCUGUUCACCGCUGCUCAAGCUGCAGACGUAUCGCCUCAUGAAACCAGAACACCUCUGAGAAACUCUGCCAGGAUGUCUUUGGACGGUCACUGUCCAUCUACCUCCAAGGCCAGCAUGCUCACACUGACCCGGGCCUGCCCGACUGACCUGUGAACCAGCGUGACCCACUGUCAAACUAGCCCACAACUCAAGUCUCAGUCCUCUCCAACACAGGGGCGGUGGCCACUGUCUCCAUAGUUAAGGAAUGCAAUGUUUCUCCUUUGAAAAUAGUGACUAGCUGAUGUAUAUGUUUAUGUAGACCCUGCCCCAAGGAGUGUGUAACAGACAUUAUACGAUGGGAGUCCUUUUUCUUUGGGUGUAAAUACGCUAGGACAAAACUAGCAUGUUACAGAAUGGAUACAAAUAAUUCCAAAUUGGUCCAAGUUGAAUUGAGACGUCAGAAGAUUUGCACUUUGAAAGGUAUGCUGUAAUUACUGGCAGUUGUAUUUUCCUGGUUUGUAGUUUUGAUUCUUUUUUUUUUUUGCAGUAGGCAAAAGCACAUCUUAUGUGAAACUUUUUGUAUUUGACUGGCUUAAUAAUUAAAUAUAUUCUAAAUGUCUUCUAA